ACACUUGCAGGAGCUGUGGGAGGACUGGGCAGAUGGACUGGUGUUUCACUACAGCGCGCGCCCACUGACAACUCCAGCACGGGGAGCCUACAGGCGCGCGCGCUUCUCCGGUUUAGUUAAUUAAUGAAUUAAUCAACACGGACAGCGCGAAACUAUUAACAGUGACGCACUUACUGUUACUGCAGCUGCAGCAGGGAUGUGUCUGUUACCCACUGCUACACUUCUCACUCUGGGUUUGGGCCUCUUGGCACAGUAUGUUCCUGACCACAAUGAUAAGUGUGCGGAGGGGAGCUGUUACCCAGCCACCGGAGACCUGCUGAUUGGCAGAGCUCAUCGGCUUAUGGCCUCAUCCACCUGCGGUCUGAAUGGACCCGAGACCUACUGCAUCGUCAGCAACAUGCAGGCUGGGAAAUGUUUUGAUUGUGACUCUCGGGAGACAUAUGAUGAAUACAGUUAUCCCAACAGUCACACCAUCGACAACGUGGUCACUACCUUCACUCCGAACCGGCUUAAAACCUGGUGGCAGUCCCAGAACGGAAUGGAGAAUGUGACCAUUCAGCUGGACUUAGAGGCUGAAUUCCACUUCACACAUCUCAUCAUGACCUUUAAGACAUUUCGUCCUGCAGCAAUGGUCAUCGAGCGGUCAGCUGAUUACGGGCAGAGCUGGAAGGUGUACCGUUAUUUUGCCUUUGACUGCUCCGAGUCUUUUCCAUACAUCUCACAGGGUCCAGUCGUUAAUGUGGACGAUAUUAUUUGCGAUUCACGCUACUCAGAUAUGGAGCCUUCAACAGCGGGAGAGGUCAUCUUCAGAGCACUUGAUCCUGUGUUUAAGAUCCCCGACCCUUACAGCCAGAGAAUCCAGAACCUGUUAAGAAUAACCAACCUCCGGGUGCGGAUGCUGAAGCUGCACACUCUCGGUGAUGACCUGCUGGAUGGGGGUGAGGAGGUGAGGCGAAAGUAUUACUACGCACUCUACGACAUGGUUGUCCGCGGCAACUGCUUUUGCUAUGGCCACGCCUCCGAGUGUGCACCAGUUCGAGAGAGCGAGCGGGGAGAAGACGGAAUGGUUCACGGCCACUGUAUGUGUAAACAUCACACUACUGGACUGAACUGUGAGGAGUGUGAAGAGUUUUAUCAGGAUGCUCCAUGGAAACCCGCGCAAGGCCGGAGCACCAAUGCAUGCAAGAAGUGUGAGUGUAACUAUCACUCAGACGAGUGUCACUUUGAUAUGGCGGUGUACCUGUCGUCAGGGAACGUGAGUGGAGGAGUGUGUGAUAACUGUCAGCACAACACACAGGGUCAGCACUGUGAUGACUGCAAACCAUUCUAUUACCAACACCCCAACAAACAUCUCCGAGACCCCCGCAUCUGCAGGCCGUGUGACUGUGACCCGCUGGGCUCUCUGAAUGACGGUAUAUGUGACAGUGUGACGGAUGUUCUGAGGGGUCUGAUAGCGGGACAGUGUCGCUGUAAACCCAAUGUGGAGGGGGAGAGCUGCAACCACUGCAAACCGGGACACUAUGGACUCAGUGAACACCCACUGGGCUGCCUGCCGUGCAGCUGUAAUCCUAUGGGAACACUCCCUGGAGGAAACCCCUGUGACACAGAAACAGGACGCUGCUACUGCAGACGCCUCGUCACCGGCCAGUACUGUGACCAGUGUUUGCCUCAGUUCUGGGGCCUCAGUAAUGACAUGGACGGCUGUCGACCAUGUGACUGCGAUCUGGGCGGGGCUUUGAAUAACGAUUGUUCUCCAGUAACAGGGCAGUGUGUGUGUCGAGAGCACAUGUUUGGCCGGCGCUGUGACCAGAUGGAGUCAGGUUAUUAUUUUGCUUCCUUGGAUCACUACAUCUACGAGGCUGAGGAUGCCGCAUUCGAUCCGGCAGUGAAGGUGGUCCCAAGGCCUCUCCCUGCAGAUCGUCAUCCCACUUGGACUGGCAUUGGCUUUGCAAACGUGCCUGAAGGAGGAACCCUCAGAUUUACCAUCGACAACGUGCCACAGUCUAUGGAGUACAGCCUGCUGAUCCGCUAUGAACCACAGUUGCCAGAUGUGUGGGAGCAGGUAAUGGUGGAUGUAAAGCGUACUGGAUUUCCUUCACCAUCAGCACACUGUUCACCUCCUUAUGCUGAUCAGCAGAGUGCCUCACUGCCCCCAGGAUACAGGUAUGUGGUUCUACCCAGACCGGUCUGUUUGGAAAAGGGACAGACGUACACAGUGGAAAUGUUGAUGGCUCUGUAUUCAUCAAAUGAUCUUCAUCAAAAUCCACACAUGCUCAUCGACUCUAUUGUGCUGGUGCCUGCGGUGAAGGAUUUGGAGCUGUUCUCAGGAUCGCCUGACAGACAGGAAGCAUGGACGAUGUUCCAGAAGUACCGCUGUCUAGAACAAGGCCAGAGCGUCCAGAAAACGCCAAUGACUGACAUCUGCAGAGAAUACAUCUUCAGCGCAUCUGCCCUGAUGCACCAAGGAGCCAUGGAGUGUCAGUGUGACCCACGAGGCUCUGUGAGUUUGCUGUGUGACUCUAUUGGUGGUCAGUGUUCAUGUCGGCCGAAUGUGGUGGGCAAGAGAUGUGACACCUGCUCCCCUGGAACCUUCCAGCUUGGUCCUUCUGGCUGCAGAUCGUGUGAGUGUGAUCCAAUGGGUUCCCUUAAUGACUUCUGUGAUACCACUACCGGUCAGUGCCCGUGUCUGCCGGGCGUGUACGGACGUCAGUGUGCACACUGCCUGCACAACCACUGGGGCUUUCCUCACUGCCAGGAGUGCUUCUGCAACGGCCACAGCCACCACUGCCACCCCCAGACCGGACAGUGCCUGGAGUGUAGAGACCACACCACUGGACAACACUGUGAGAGGUGUGAGAGCGGAUAUCAUGGGAAUGCGUUGCUCAGCAGCGGGGAGCACUGUCGGCCCUGUAUGUGUCCGGAUGGCCCGGGGAGCGGCAGGCAGUUUGCUGACACCUGCUACCACAACCCCAACUUACGCCAGCUGGUCUGUGUUUGCAGCCCAGGAUAUAAAGGAUCCAGGUGUGAGGAAUGCAUGCCUGGUUAUUAUGGUAACCCUCAUGUGGUGGGUGGGCGGUGCCACCCCUGUCAGUGUAACGGAAACAUUCACAUGCACGACCCGGGGUCCUGCGACUCCCGCACGGGCGUCUGCCUCAGGUGCCUCUUCCACACUGAGGGCCACGGGUGCCAGCACUGCCGCCGCGGUUACUACGGAGAUGCCAGCACUCAGAGCUGCCAGAAGUGUAUGUGCCUGCCACUGGGCACUGCUUCUCAGAGCUGUAGGGAUGGUGAGUGUGAGUGUGACCGUGUGAGUGGGCAGUGCCCGUGUUUGCCCGGGGUCGUGGGACUGAACUGUGACCGCUGUGCCCCCAACACCUGGAACAUUAACAGUAAGGAAGGCUGCCAGCCAUGCAAGUGCCACCCCACACACUCCUACAGCCUCUCCUGUGACCUGCUCUCCGGUCAGUGCUCCUGUAAGCCUGGUUUUGGUGGCAGGGCAUGUGGGGAGUGUAGAGAACUGUUCUGGGGUGAUCCAGAAAUCAAAUGUCAUGCGUGUGACUGUGACCCGCGGGGCAUCGCUACUCCACAGUGUAACAAGAUGACGGGCACCUGUGUGUGUGCGGAGGGCGUGUCUGGCAAACGCUGUGACUCCUGUGGGCGUGGCUAUGUUGGGACGUUCCCAGACUGCCAGCGAUGUCAUAAGUGCUUCAGUGAAUGGGAUUUGACAGUGAACGAGCUGACCAAUCAGACGCAGCACUUGGUGGGCAAUGUGGAGGAGCUGAAAGUGUCUGGUUUGGUCUCGGCCUAUCAGGACACAGUAUCCAGUCUGGAGGGCGGAAUUAAAGAGCUAACACAGAUAGUGGAGGACAACAAAGCUCAUCAAACUCUCACACACUCAGAGAACCUUCUGCGGCAAGCCAAAGAAAUGAAGCUGGUUUUGGGCCGCUCUCUGAACCGAACAGAGCAGACUGUGGGUCAGGUUUCUGCAGAUCACACCCGAGCCCUGGAUGACCUGAACACACUGAGUGAAGAGGCCCAGAGACUUCAGGACAGCACAGAGGAUAAACAGGCCCAGGUCCUGCGCAUCAAGCACUCCAACAUCCGUGGGGCAGCAGACAGCAUCAGAGAAUAUUACCAGCAGUCACGGGAAGCCGAGGGUCGGGCUAAUCGGGCCACCACCGACCCCCUCGGCCCGUUGGAGAAGUCUGCAGGCCUGCGUCGGGCCACGGAGACCACCCUGAACGCCAUCCAGGGAGAGUACGAGCUGAAGCAGAAGCUGCAGGCUGAGAGACUGGACAGACUGAACAAAGACCUGGAGCAGGAAGACCUGUCCAAACUCAGCCAUCGGGUGUGUGGUGGAGCGUCUGGCCCGGACGGCUGUGGAGAUUGUGGAGGUCUGGGAUGUGAGGGUGAAGAUGGAUCUCCUCAGUGUGGAGGAGAGGACUGUGAAGGUCUGAUCACUCAGAGCAGAGAAUCAGAGAGUAAAGCUAAAGACCUGGAGCAGGACAUCCUGAACUCACUGAGGGAAGUGGAGAAGCUGCACAGGAUGGUGUCUGAUGCUCGUGGCCGCGCAGACGAGGCUAGACUCAGCGCUCAGGAUGUGGCACAAAAGACCAAUCAGAGCAAAGCUAAAUUUCAGCAGACCAAUCAGGAGCUACGGGAGCUCAUACAGGAAAUACGAGACUUUCUUACACGUGGAACAGAUCUAGGGCGUAUUGAGACUCUGGCUGACGAGGUGUUGAAGCUGAAGAUGCCGACAGCAGCCGGGGAGCUGAAGGACAUAACCGCAGAGAUUCGGCAGCAUGUGGCCAAUCUAACCAGUGUGGACGACAUUCUAGCUGAAAGUGCUGACCAGGCCCGCAUUGCUGAGGGGUUACUGGAGGAGGCACACGCAGUUAGUGAAACAGCAGUCCAGCUGCAGGAGGAAGCUGAAGAAGUGCAGGCGGCGCUGAAUGAAUCUGAGCACGCUCAGUCUGCAGCAGAUGAGAGUCUGAAAGCAGCACAGAUUGACCUCAGCUACACACAGCAGAAAAUGGCCUCUGUGGAAUCAGAGACAGAGGGGUCUGAGUUUAAGUUGAGUAACAGUACUCAGUGGAGGCUGAAUCUGGAGAGUGAGGUCCGGGCAGUCAGAGAUCAAACUCGGGACACAUCUAUCAGUGCAGAUUUCAGUCAGAGAAAAACAGACUACAUCUCUGAAGACACGCAGCAAACCAAACGGGCGUUAGAACUGGAGUUGGAGCCUAAUUUCAAGUUACUCAGCGGACUGAUGGAGCAAAAAGCUGUGGGCGUGUUCGAUGCACGUGAGAGGGCGGAGCAACUGCGGCAGGAGGCAAAGAACCUUCUGGAUGAUACUAGAAACAAAUUACAGAAACUAUUAGAGCUGGAGAGAGCGUUCUUGGUAAACCAGCGGACUCUGGAAGAGCGAGCGGAGGUGCUGGUGGGUCUGGAGAAGCAAGCUGAGGACGUCCUGCAGGAGCUCAGCCAGAAAAUCUCCGGCUACAGUGGCUGCCUCUAACUGCAGCACACAGCUGCCUCUAACUGCAGCAUAACUAACUAGAUGACUAGAUGAUUAACCAGAUUUUGGAUGAAAGCCUCUGCUGAUAUGAAGCCAACAGGAAAGAAACCCAUUAGAACAGUGUCCAACACCAAACUCCUCAUGUGCAGCUGCUGCACAGUUAACUGAUUUCCCAGAUCUUAGACUCCACUCAUUAUUUACAUGAUCAUAUUAAACUACAGGCCUAUUAGAGCAUCAGUCCUCCUACAUAUAAUAGGGAUGUCACUACUGAUUAUUCUGAUUAUUAGUUGUCAAAUGAUAAUUGAUGAUUUGUUUGGUUAUUGAGUAAUUUGUUUUUAAAGUCCAAAUAACAGCAAGGGGCCUAACUGAACAAUGACAAAUUAUGAAAUCAUGCUAAUUUUUUUUAAGAAUCCAAAAUACCACAUCUAAAAAAAAUCACUUAGGUAGCCUUAAAAAAGUACAAAUACAACAUCAAAAAUGUGUUUUACCCUAGAUAUUUAUACCAGCUUGCUAACAAACCAAAUGUAGUCUUACAUACAGGAUACAAAAAAAUGUAUGGGCCAUUCUUGACUAGGAACCUAGGAUAUUUCAAGACACCAACUGCCCACUAUUUAACUCUGUAGCAAAUAGUUGUAUUAUACAAAUAAUAUAUGCACCAAAGAAAGAUAGAUAAAUAAAAUACCAUAUAAAGAGUUUUAUUUUAAACCCCUCUACAGCUUAUCCAUUCCCCUUAAUAAUAUUAUUUAUUGGCCAAAUAUGGGAAAAUGAAUUAAUCAUAUAGAUCACAUUUUAAUACUAAAAUAAAUAUGUGAAAAAGGCUUAUAAUGCAUUUUGAAACUAAACCUUUCACACAUGCCAUGUUUAAAUGAUGAAACAGGCUAUGAAACGACCAAAGAUAAAUAAAAUAUCAUAUUUGUGUAUUAAA